CUGAAGUGUAGUUGAGCUGUUGUGUGUUUGUGUCUCUGUAUUCAUGCAGUAAAAUGGCAGAAGCCAGAUUUUCUCAGGAUGAGUUCUUGUGUGCAGUGUGUCUGGAUCUCCUGAAGGAUCCAGUGGCCAUUCCCUGUGGACACAGUUACUGUAAGAGCUGUAUUACAGGCUUCUGGGAUCAGGAGGAUCAGACGAGAGUCUACAGCUGCCCUCAGUGCAGACAGACCUUCAGUCCAAGACCUGCUUUAGCUAGAAACACCAUGCUGGCUGAAGUGGUGGAGAAACUGAAGAAGACCAAACUCUCUGCUGACUGUGACGCUGGAGCUGGAGAUGUGCAGUGUGACGUCUGUACUGGAAGAAAAUACAAAGCCGUCAAGUCCUGUCUGGUGUGUCUGAACUCUUACUGUCAGAAUCACCUCGAACAACAUGAGAGUUUCUUUAAAGGAAAGAGACACAAUUUGACUGAAGCCACUGGACGACUGCAGGAGAUGAUCUGCCAGAAACAUGAGAAGCUCCUCGAGGUUUUCUGUCGCACUGACCAGAAAUGUAUAUGUAUGCUGUGUACGAUUAUUGACCAUAAAAACCACGACAUUGUAUCAGCUGCAGCACAGAGAACAGAGAAACAGAAGCAGCUGAAGGAGACGCAGAAGACGCUCCAGCAGAGAAUCCAGCAGAGAGAGAAAGAUCUUCAGCAGCUGAGAGAGGCUGUGGAGUCUCAUAAGCGCUCUGCACAGACAGCAGUGGAGGACAGCGAGAGGAUCUUUACUGAGCUCAUCCGCUCCAUUGAGAGACGCCGCUCUGAGCUGAUACGGCUGAUCAGAGAUCAGGAAAAGCAAGCAGUGAGUCGAGCUGAAGGACGACUGGAGCGACUGGAGCAGGAGAUCAAUGAUCUGAGGAGGAGAGACGCUGAGCUGGAGCAGCUUUCACACACACAGGAUCACAUCCAGUUCCUGCAGAGUUUCCAGUCUCUCUCAGCUCCUCCUGAAUCUACAGACGUAAAUGAUGAUCUCUUCAGUUCUCUCGUCUCUUUUGAUGGUCUGAGAGAAUCUGUCCAUCAGCUGAGAGUCAAACUGGAGGAUUUCUGCAAAGAGGAGCUCAAGAAGAUCUCAGACAGAGAAACAUUCACCAACAUUGUUCUCUGGACCAGGAACCACUUCCUACAAUAUUCCCAUCAGUUCACUCUGGAUCUGAACACAGUGAAUAAACGCCUCCUUCUGUCUGAGAGAAACAGAGUGAUUACUAACACUGGCACAGAUCAGCCGUAUCCUGAUCAUCCAGACAGAUUUGAUGGAUUGAAUUAUCAGGUGUUGUGUAGAGAGAGUGUGUGUGGACGCUGUUACUGGGAGCUGCAGUGGAGUGGAUAUGUGUUUAUAUCAGUGUCAUAUAAGAGCAUCAGCAGGAAGGGAGACAGUGUUGAGUGUGUGUUUGGAGGUAAUGAUCAGUCCUGGAGUUUGUUCUGCUCUCGCUCCAGAUACUCAUUCAGACACAAUAACAAAUGGACUGAUAUCUAUGUGAAGCCCAUCGUCAGGAGAAUAGGAGUGUUUGUGGAUCACGGUGCAGGAAUUCUGUCCUUCUACAGCGUCUCUGACACAAUGAGACUCAUCCACACAGUCCAGACCACAUUCACUCAGCCGCUCUAUGCUGGGUUUUGGGUUGGUUCUGGAUCAUCAGUGAAACUGUGCUUAUGAAUCAGAAUAGACUGACGAGCAGUGUUGGGCAUGUUACUUUAAAAAAGUAAUUAGUUAUAGUUACUAGUUACUUCUCACAAAUGGUAACUGAGUUAGUAACUGAGUUACAUCAUCAUAAAAGUAACUAAUUACCAGAGAAAGUAACUAUUGCGUUACUUUUAAAAAAAAAAAAUUCAAAUGUCAAAUAACUUGGAUGUCCCCAAUAUUAAAUAUGUUAAAUUAAUGAAAUGGACACUAAAUAGAAUAAAUAAUUAUUAUACAACAUUGUACAUUAAUCUACACUAUUUAUCUACUGACACUUAGCAUCAGUCAGUCAAGCAUUAUAAUAUGAUAUUAUGAUAAUUUAAUAUUAUAUGAUGCUAGAACUUUAGUAAUUAUAAUAACCAAGUAUGAAUGCAUAUUUGUCAUGUUGACUGAACUUAGGACUGGUGGUGGUGCUUAAGAUAUUGUUUGUCAUUUAGUGUUUCUAUAAAAAAAAGGGGGAAAAAAUUGAUAAGAUAAAACGACUACGAAUUCUACUACUAAUAACAAUAUAAAACGCACUAAGGAUUAAUGAGCUGCUGGGUUCAUGAAUAUUAAUCACGUUGUCUGUGUUCGCUCGAAUUGAUUUGCUGAAAUCAAAACAGGGAGGAUAAUAGGUGAGCGCCAGCCAAUGAUAUUGUCGUUUGCGCAUUAGCUCCACCCACUACCAGAGAAAGCGGCAGUUCUUAAAGGAAAACGCCAACAGUUUUCCAUAUUCUAAUAUGUUCUUCCCUCAACUUAGACGAGUUGAUACGUACCUCUCCCGUCUCAGUGCGUGCACUUAAUCACUCUAGCGCACGGUGCAACUAUGUUAGCGUUUAGCUUAGCACCAUUCAUUCCUUAGGAUCCAAACAGGGAUGAAUUGUGUGAGUCCUGCUGAGUGACCAUGUGUUUCUGUGUUUUUCUCUAUUUGUGUUGAUUGAAACCAAUCAAUUAAUUUUUAUCGUAGUGUCACAAUUUAUAUUAUUACUAUCAAAAUGAUUUUUCAGUUCAAAUGAUCACAGAGUCAAUAAAUCAUUUUCAUUAUUCCCUU